AUGGCUGCACCUGUCGAAGAUCUGCUGGACCAGACUACCUACGACUACGUGGUGGUUGGAGGCGGUACAGCUGGGUGCGUUAUUGCAAGCCGGCUGGCAGAAGAACUGCCGUCGGCCAAAAUCCUCCUCGUUGAAGGUGGCGGAAGCGACGUGGGCAAUGAUAUGCUUCACGAUCUCAAGCGUCUAGUCGAAACGUGGGGAGGCGAUUUUGACUGGGACUGGAGCUCAGUGCCGCAGCCAAACGGCAAUAGUCUGAUUCGACACUCACGAGGCAAAGUUCUUGGAGGGUGCUCGAACAUCAACGGGUGCAUCUCUUUCCGCCCGAUGGAGUACGACAUCCGUAAAUGGAAAGAAGCUGGCGUUGAGGGAUGGACCUUUGAUGAGUUCGUACGGCUCAUCAACAAAGUAAGGAUCACUGUCAACAAGAUCAACCAACGAAACCAUAAUUCUGUCGACCUUGCGCUGGUUGAGUCAGCCAAAAAGGCUUUCCACAUACCAUGGUCACCAGAAUUCAACAAGGACAUUGUGCAGCGGGGUAACAUCACACCCUCAGCCGGCCAUUUGUCGAUAGCACAUAACCCAGAGAAUGGCUUCCGAAGCAGCGCCAGUAUUGAGUAUCUACACCCAAUCAUCCGUGGAGAGGUAAAGAGGCCCAACCUCACAAUUCUCACCAAUGCCUGGGUUCAUCGUCUGCACUUUGUCGACAAAGUCGCCACAGGUGCGAGCAUCACCCUCAAGUCGGGCAGGGACGUCGUUGUCCGUUCCAAGAUUGAAACUAUCCUUUGCGCUGGUUCUUUUGACUCUCCCCGUCUGUUGCUUGUUUCUGGUAUCGGGCCCAGAGAGCAGCUGGAGAAGUUCAAGGUACCAGUCGUUGCGGAUGUUCCUGGCGUGGGAGAGAACCUCAUGGAUCAUGCCGAGACGGCCAUGAUGUGGGAGAUGAAAGACCAAGUCCCACCGGAGACAAUAAUCCAUUCCGAUGUUUGCUUCUUUCUCCGUCGCGAGCCGCCCAACUCGCAAGGCGACGACGGCGAUAUCAUGGAUUCAAUGUUUCACGUCUUCGGAAUCGGAUUCGAUGACAACACGGCUCGCCACGGAUACAACGCGCCGCCUAAUGCUUAUUGUCUAAUCCCAAACCUCCCCCGACCGAAGUCUCGCGGCCGCCUUUAUCUUCAAUCAUCAGACCUGAAGGUCAGACCCGCUGUCGACUUCAGGUACUUUACCGAUACCGGUGAUUACGAUCUGAAGACCAUUGUAUUCGAGCUCAAGGCGGGACGAAGGUUUGCUGCAACAGCCCCCUUCAAGGAACUGAUCAAGAGGGAAAUUGCCCCAGGGCCACAGGUUCAGAGCGAGGAGCAACUUAUCGACUACGCACGCAAGACUCACGGAACGGUGUUCCAUCCGUGUGGAACCGUCAAAAUGGGAAACACAGCACAGGAUCCGAUGGCUGUUGUCGACUCUCAGCUGCGUGUGCGGGGUGUCAAGAAUCUCCGCGUGAUUGAUGCUAGUGUCUUUCCCGUGAUUCCCUCCAUCAACCUAAUGUUGACAGUCUACGCUGUUGCCGAAAAGGGCGCCGAGAUGAUCAUCAAAGAUUACGCUUCAGCCGGGGUAAGACCCAAAAUCUGA